AUACGGGGACACGAAGAGAGAAAGAGAGAGAGAGAUUGCAGGGGGAGAGUGAGAUAGAGAGAGACGGGGAGAGAGGGAGAGAGAGAGACAUAGACAUGCACAGAGGAGGAGGAGGAGGGGGAGGCUCCUGAUACCAAGACACGGAAAAGCAGGGGAGGGAAAGAGAGAAAGAAAAAAGGGGCUGGUGGAGGAAGAAGAGCGGGGAGUGGGAGCAAACAGGGGGAAUAACACUUGAAGAAAGCAUACAGAGGAGAGGAAGGACAGUACCUAGUGCUUUGGACAUCCCCUCCUUUCUUCUCUCAGGCUGUCACAUCAGAUUGGACUCCGAAGGACCGACACCGCGUCCACCCCAGACCCCAUGGGGUAACAGCAGACGUUUUGAGGAGAGGCUUUUGUUCAGCUACACAGAUGAACAACAGGAAGGAGGACAUGGAGAUCUCCUCUCACUACCGUCAGCUCCUCCGAGAGCUCAAUGAGCAGAGGCAGCACGGCAUCCUCUGCGACGCCUGUGUCAUUGUGGACGGAAAGAUCUUCAAGGCCCAUAAGAACGUCCUCCUGGGCUCCUCGCGUUACUUCAAGACUCUUUACUGCCAGGUUAAAAAAGGGGCAGAGCCUCACCACCAGACUACUGUCACUCACCUGGACAUCGUCACGGCGACAGGCUUCAAAGCCAUCCUGGACUUCAUGUACUCAGCGCACCUCGCUCUCACCAGUAAGAACGUGAUCGAGGUCAUGUCAGCCGCCAGCUACCUGCAGAUGACAGACAUUGUCCAGGCCUGCCACAGCUUCAUCAAAGCUGCGCUGGACAUCAGCAUCCGCUCUGAGAUGGCUGACGAACUGGCUGACUUUGAAAUGGGAGCUGUCGCUGCUGCCAGCAUAGGUGGAGGAGGUGGCGCAGGUGGAGGAGGAGUGGGUUUAGCGGGAGCAGGGGGUGCUGCAGGAGCAGGUUUAGGAGGAGGAGGAGGAGGGAUUGUGGGCAUGGCUUCUGAAGCCCUGGCCUCCAUCAUGUCUGGUCGCAGCACCUCCCCUUGGCUGGCGCGGCGCACCAGCCCGGCCAACUCUUCUGGGGACUCGGCCAUCGCCAGCUGCCACGAGGGAGGCAGCACGUAUGGCAAGGAGGACCAAGAACCCCCCAAGAGCCACGAGAGCCAGGAGGAAGCCUGCCACGACUCCCAGCCCGCCUGGCCCCAUGACUACAGGCCUGUCACUGUCAAAGAGGAACAGGUGUCCCCCGCAUCCUCCUCUCAUCCACGGGACACUCCCAGGGGGGCAGCCCAGAGCCAGGGGGAGCAAGGGACUGGGGGGGCUGCUGGAGGAGGUGGAGAGGGGCCCUGGCAACCCCUAUCAGGGUCAGGGCGGAGGAAGAACAGGAAGAACAAGGACACGGUCAGACAUAUUACCCAGCAGGCCGAGAGGAACUGGGACAGAGAGCGGGACAGGGAGAGAGACAGGGACAGUAGGCCUGGGUCUCCUCUGCCCUCCAUGCUGGCUGUGGCUGGAUGGAACUACAACGGACAGGACAUCCCAGGGGCAGACGUGACCGAACCCAACAGCUCAGACAGCCGCGGUGAACGCCUCGACUUCUUCCUCAAACAGGAAGAGGCUCUCACCGCAGAGCCCGGCUUCAUGGGUCCCAACGAAUCGGAGGAGGCCGGGGGAGGAGCCGUGGGUGGAACCAUCUCAUCCGUAGCCAAUCUGAAGGCGGCGCUGAUGAGUAAGAACAGCCUGCUGUCGCUGCGGGCUGAGAUGAUGGGAGAUGAUAACCCCCUGCUCUACGAGUACCUGCCCAAAGGAGGACACUCCCUGUCGUGGCUCCGCUCCAACAACUACUGCAGCACGCUCCGGCCAGGGGCCACGGGGGCCACUAUUCAUAACAAACAGGGGGCUGGCUCCUCUCCUCCUCCUCCUCCUCCCCCUCUUCCUCUUCUUCCUCCUCAUCUUCCGCCAUCACCACUACCACUACCGCCAUCAUUGUCAUCGUCAUCAACAUCGGCAUACUGCCCACCCACUCAACCCACGCCACUGCUCCCCUCUGAGCCUCGGCCCCUGGAGGCCCCCGGUCUGCGGGCUGGGGUAUCCCCGCUGCGCUCAGAAGGGUUGGACAUCAUGCAAGUGGAAGAGUCCCCUGAGGGCCCGGUGCCCUCCACCUUGCCUGAGGAGGGCAUAAAAGACGAAGAAGACAUGAAAGAAUACAGCGCAGCCUUGGAAGUUGACCAGUGUCCUGUCGAGAGGGAUCAGAUGGGCGGUGGGAGCUGUGCUGGUGGUUUGAGCAUACCUGCGUCAGUGUCCGUGGCUGGCAGAGAGACUAAAGGGCUGAUGGUGCUGGUGAAUGACUUCACAGUGAUCCGUAAAAAGUUCAAGUGCCCCUACUGCAGUUUCUCUGCUAUGCACCAGUGCAUCCUAAAGAGGCACAUGCGCUCUCACACUGGUGAGAGGCCCUACCCCUGUGAAAUCUGUGGCAAGAAGUUCACCAGAAGGGAACAUAUGAAGAGGCACACAC